CUUUGCAACUUUGACGACGGUAUGGAAAGAUAUCGUGAUCAAGGCAACACAAUAAAUUGAUAAUUACAAAAGAUGGAUAAUGAUAUCGAUAUUUAUGCAGAUUUACCGAGUAUCAAUUUGAAUACCGAACAAAAUGAUCAACUUUGUAAUUGCAAGGAAUCAGAAAAGAAACUUAGUUCACUGACGAACGAGCUUGAAAAUCUUCAGAAAAUCAAGAAUACCUUGGAGAACAAUUUGUCUUCUUUACUAAAAACUGCGAAGGCUGAAAUUGCACGAAAGGACAGAAUGAUAGACAGUCUCAAAAAGAGAUUAGAUGAUAUAAGCUUCAGAAGGAAUAGGAAAUAUGAAUCUCAGGGUUUCUCGACCUACACAACGUCAGAUCAGCAAUAUGAUGUAAUGAAACAAUAUGAGAAUGUUUCCACAAUGCAAGAGAUUGAAUCUCGGUUGUAUCAAACUGAAUUUUGUCAAGAUGAAAGCGAAAGUAAAAAGAUACAGAGUGAUACUGACCAAACACCCACCAUAUUUGGAGAGAGAAUGCAUAAAAGAAUUCUAGAAACUGAAGAGGAAAAGCAGAAAGUGUUGAGGUUUAAUGGAGGAAAGGAGACUGCUGAAGAAAGCAAUAAGGAAAAUGGGUCUCGAUUCAGCGUAAACAAUAACCGUAACGAAUCUUCCAUUACACGAAAUUCUGGCACAGAACCUCCAUACACGAAGAACUCCGAGAAACGGGCUAUUGAGGAAGAUAGCGCACGUGGAAAUAAGCGUUUAAAACUCGAAGAUAACAAGGAUGAGACCGCGAGUGAAGCACUUUAUCAAAAUCACGUUACGCAGUACGAUCUAAAAGAUAAUCUCGCACAGUACGAAGUAAAAGACAAUUUCGUGAAAUCCAAUGAUCGGCUGGACGUUGCACAUUCUUUUAAAAAGGAACAUGCUCCGUUCAAUGUGAUGCAUAGAACCGCAUCAGAAGACACAAAACAAAGUCGAAGCAGCAACGAAUGGAAAAGAGAGGAGAGAAGCGAUUAUUCGAGAAAAGAUUACGAUGGUUCUCGUAGCAGAAAGGGGUCUAUCGAUAACUGGAGGAGUUAUAGAAAUACUUUGACGUCAAAUCAUGUCUCGGAGGGGUUUAACGAUGAAUACAAGAAUGGUUAUAGGUAUAGUCUGCCGAGGACACAUUCUAAGAGCCCGUCGAGGAGAUAUUCUAAAAGUCCGUCAAGGAAGCAUUCUAAAAGUCCGUCAAGGAGAUAUUCUAAAAGUCCGUCAAGGAAGCAUUCUAAAAGUCCGUCAAGGAGAUAUUCUAAAAGUCCGUCAAGGAAGUACUCUAAAGGCAGGAGCGAUCACGAGAGUUCGAGUAGCCAUCGUUUGCGAGAAAGAUCAAAUAGAACGUACAGAGAUAGAAAAUAUGACGCUUACGAAUAUAAUGAUCGAUACAGAAACGGCAGAUUAAAGAAAGACUAUGAUAGUAAAGAAUACGAUAACAAUAAAUCAAGAUAUGGUAAUAGGGAACAUGGGGAUUUGCGAGACAGAUACAAGCACUCGUUGAGCGACGUUGAGGAUAAUUUCUAUAAAAAUAAAAAAUACAAGAAUCGAAGAAUAAAAGAAUCGACGCCAAAUGUUUCCGACAACAAAAAGCCAUGCGAGAAUGACAAAACUGUGGCAGCAAUUGAUACUCGAGCGUCGUUUAGCCGAAAUGCCGAUGUGGAUCAAAAUAUUGAACACAAGACGGAAAACGAACCAAACGUUAAAAUCGCGAAUUCGUCAGAAAAUACCGUGACACGUGCUGAAAUGGACUUGAAUAAUUUAGAGGAAGGUCAACUUUUGGAUAGUCCCGAGAAGAAAACUAAUUCUGCAAGUAUUCUCAGGAACAAUAAAAUAGCAAAUAACAAUGCGAGCUGUCGAACUAUCGAAAAUAAAAUCAAAGACGAUUCUGCAAGCGCGUUUGUAGAUGACAAAACAAAUACCAUAAUUAGUACGAAACAGAAAGUAGAUGUUAAAGUAAACAAAGCUGGAGGAACGCGUUGUCUUCCGCAAGCAAAUCCGGAAGACAACAGAAAAGUAAUGCAGACAAAAUCUUCCAGCGCAAGUGAUGCAAUGAGUGAUGAGAAGAAUAAUUCUAACAAUGAUGAUGAUGUAUGCAGACUUCGUUCCAAUAAAGUUUCAACGGAUGAUAUUCGUGAUGCUGCAACGAUUCAACAGAUGCGUGAUAAUAACGACGACAGCUGUAAAACUCAUGGUGAUAAAAAAUUAAAGAGUUCUACCGAAAGUCCUACCAAAAUCAAGGACACGGAUAAUUCUAGCAGGGAAGAAGAUAAUAAAGUUGAAAACUUGAGUAAAUCCGAUAUCGAAUCGAUCGAGAGCACUCUCAAGAAAAAGGAAAUAAACGAUCUUGAUACUGAAAGUGCUAUUAAAUCUGCAGAGUUAAAUCACAUUAAUGAUGAUAAUAAUCGGAAUACAGAAAAUGAGAAGUUGGAAAAUUCCCCUGUUGCUGAACUGACUACAAAAGUCGAGAUUGAGAUUAAUUGCGAUACUAAGAAUAAGGACGAAACUGAAAUACAAAACAAGAAUGAAAUUUGUAACGCAGUGUCCGACAAAAGCGAUAUCGAAAUGAGCCGUCUGUGCCUCAGCGAUCAUAAUUAUGUUCGAAAUGUUCCCGCUGUAGAGCCUGCUACGGAUUCGGAUGCUGUCCAAGAGCCGUCCGUGAUGUCGGACUGCAAAACUGCUGGAAAAACGAUAACGCUAAGGAAAACGAAAACUAAAGAAGUGGUGGACGUUCAAUCGAUCAGUACCAGCAAGACGACAUCACCUAUAGUAAAGAGCAAGAAGAAUCAGCAGGCGCAAGGGAUAAUAAUCUCGCGUCGUCGAAGAGCUGUAACACUGAGCGACAGCAAGGCAUCUAUGACUGUUCUGAUGAAUAGAAACGUAGCGAAAACGCCCGCUGUCAAUCCUAGUAAUUAUAAUGAUUACGAUGAUCCUGCAUCGAAGCCGCGAUUGCGACCUGCAAGUUCACGUAGUUCCUCAAAGACCAUUUGUAAAUAAUUAGUAUAUAAUUUAUAUACGCUUGUACACUUAGGUGAAAUGAAUCGUUAAAUAAUAUUGGUGUUGAUUGGUCAGUUACCGACUAACAAGGUAGCGCUCGACCAAUGCUUUAGAAAGUCUCAACGAUAUUUUUUAUCUAGUGCUGUUUAAGCACCGGCGUCUAGUUAACUGCUCUAACAUAGCGCUAAUACGGUUCAACCACGUGUUUCGCGCAACACGUGUGCAUGUGAUAUAAUGCAUACACGUUUCAUCAAAUCGAGAACGUAGCUGCGAUUUCUUUUUAACUGCUGUAUCCGGCGAACUCGGGACAAUCAUCAGAGUCAUACAUUCAUUCACAAAAUCAUUGAACACUUGUUAAAUAAAGCUACUAUUUAUUAACUCUUUGUAAAAAGAUAUUUUCAAUAGAUCAUCAAAGCGAUCUAUAGCGUUGGACAAUACUAAAUACAAAUCGCCGACGUUGCCAGCAUGCUGUGUCGAUAAUGUCCAAUCUAUAUGCUCAAAACUCGUUAUGUUUCAAUAUAUUUUCAUUUAUAAAAUUAUUCAAUAUUUAAAUACGAAAAAAAUAUAUAAUUAAAAACAUUUAAUAUGUUAUUCGAUAACUGGCACAUCGACAUCGAUAAACCGACAUUAUCUAACGAUUCAUUUCACCCAAGUGUAUCUACAUGUAUAUGUUAAUAAAAUAUAUGUA